AGACUUAAUAAAAGAAAACUUUGGAUUUGUUUAGAUUGUGCAAUGUUUGUCAGCACACAACCCUGAGCAGAAAAUCAUUCAACUAUUUACCAGUCGACUGACAAUCUUUUCUAGGAGACUACAUGAAUGAAUUCCUUUAAAACAGCUAAACAUGAAAUCCUGCGAGAUAUUUCUCUUUAUUCUUCUUUUGAAAUGUAAGGACAUUACAACUAAUGCUGAAGAAGUCACCUGUCAUGAGCAAGAUCUCAAUAAUGUUCACAUUUUAAUGGGACAUCCAGGAAUCAAUCCACCUUACACAUCUGGACAUGUCUUAGUUUUCAAAUGCACUGAUGUCAACAUGAUGAUGUACGGCCAGCGAGCAAUCGAAUGCCGGUCAGAUGGUAACUGGGAUAAUCCAUUUCCACAAUGUGGAGUUAAAGCUUUUUGUACAAAGCCUCUUCUGACAUUAACCAAUUCAAGACUUAUUGAUGAGAGGACAUAUUCUCACGGAGACACAAUACGCUAUGAGUGUGAUGAUGGAUAUGAAUCUAUGGGAGAGACCAUCGCUAAGUGUGAUGGACAAACUUGGAUUUACCCAGAAUGCAUUCGCAGCAUUUGUCCUCCACCACCUGAAAUUGAAAAUGGAGAUUUUAUCACUAAGGAUAUGACCAGUGAGGUCAUCAUGGAGGUACAAUACUCUUGCCAAUCUUACUAUGUGCUGAAUGAACCGAGAAAACAUUACAGGUGUAGAGAUGGGAGAUGGGAAACCCCUCCAAAAUGUCUGAAGCCAUGCAAACUUACAGAUGAGAUUUAUACUGAUUACAAUAUACAACCCAUCAGAGAUAACUACAUGAAGCACAGUGAUCGAGAGAUUUCAUUUAAAUGUAAUGAGGGAUGGAAUUCUGGAGAUUGGAAAAGAUCAGAUUAUGUGAAGGGAACAUGCUCUGAUGGGAAGAUAAAUAUACAUAAAAAAUGUGAGUACAUGUUAGUCUGUUUUCACUUCACACAUUAAUGACAGAGCUGUAGUCACACUGGACAUCUGAAUGUGUUUUAUCAAAGAUCAAUUCUGCAUUUUAUUAAGUAAUAUAUUACCCUGAUAAGUUUACCCACAGUACCCACAAUAAUAUUGUGUUUAUCCUUUUCUAUUCCCUCUGCGAGGAGAUGCAGAGGAGCUAACAUUACCCAGGAGGACCACACAAGAAAGGAUGUGCAAGCUAAGCAGUAUUAUAAUAUAACUUACACCCAAUUUAUUCCAAUUAUGAUUGUAAAAAUGAUUUCUAACUUGAUUUGCAUUGCCAUGCAACAAGGACUUAUAGUACAAUUACAAAAUGCUAAAAAUUUUCAAGGAAAAACGCAACUUCUCUUGAUGAUCAGCUCGUUUAUUAGCUUAAGCUAUCAAACAAACACUUCACUUAUAUAGCGGAAAUUAGACAAACUUACCGGUCCAGCAGAAGACUGGUAACUUCGACGACGCUUAGCAAACCCUUUCCCUGCUUCAGUGCCCUCCAUUUGGCAAAAGCCACGCUGAUGUUUAUUCAGGUUUUCUGUCGUUUUUUGUCUCGACUUCGCCUUGCUGCAUCGUAUUUUCUCUUUUUGACGACACAGAUUGACGCUCUGUCGGCUCUUGUGCAGAGUAUGUGUGGUCCGCCAUUAGCACAAAUAAGAAAUAAUCGUUUCUAUUUCUAAUAUAAAACACGACAAGUAAGUGUGUUAUUGUUCUUCCUCUUAUUCUGCUAAUCCUUCUAUGUCGUGGCUUUGCAAGCUGCAUCCGAAACACAGCAGGAGAAGAAGAACAUAGUCCCUUGCAUCCUUCGUUUUACGAAACGCGCUUAGUUUGUCCAUGUAGUGCUACUAUAGAAACGUGGCUUUGCAAUUUGAUAUAUUACAUGUAAGGGUGUGCCCGCGAUGUAUAUACAUAAAAUGGCUCCUUAUAAGGUAAUAUAAACAUUUUGGUUCAUUUUGUAAGGUAUUUCUCCACCAUUUACAACCUAGUUUUGUAUUGUAUAUUACAUUUUGGUAAAUAAAUCCUUCAAAAUUCUACACACUGUACCUUUAAACAGUGGUUCAAGUGCACACAUACAAAAGUUACAUCGACCAAUGACAAAUAAACAAUCACAUAUACAACUAUUUUAAAAGUCUACAUAGAUAUAUACAGAAUACAUCUCAAAUAGACUAUCAAGUAUUAAAGUUGUUGUGCUGUUCAUCGCCUUCAGUAUUUCAAAACUAGACUAAACUAAAUGGUUCUCACCAUGUCCUCUCAAUGUGAACGGUUGAAUAUGGCGGAGGGGACACUAGCACAUUUAUUUUGGUUUUGUCCUGUUCUACAUGACUUCUGGUUUGACAUUUUUAAAUAGUUUUCAAAGGUUUAUGGAACUAACAUUCAACCUGACCACAGCCUGGCUAUUUUGGGAUAGAUCAGUGUUAUCAGUGUUUAUUAAAAACAAUUCUGACCUGAAUAGUCGAAGAUUCAAUGCUUCGAUAGGAGGAGCCUGAUUCGACUAAUCUUCGGAAACUUUCAGAACUUGUCAUUCUCUGCACUGAAAGCAAGCGUUUUUGUCAGGAGGAGACGGAGAAAAAUUUCAUUCACUCUGGUUUUUAUCUUGUUUAUUUUCCCGUUUAUUGUAGCGGUCUGUUCACAGCCUCUUCUGACAGUAAGCAAUUCCAAAUUCAUGUUAACCAAAGAUGAGAGAAAAUAUUCACAUGGAGACACAGUACGCUAUGACUGUGAUGAUGGCUAUGCAUCAAUGGGAGAGACCAUCUCUAAGUGUGACACACAAUCCUGGAUUUACCCAGAAUGCAUUAGUAAUAUUUAUUCAACAAAUUCUACAUUUCAUUUCAGAAGAAGGUAACAAAAGGUGUCAGGAUGGGAGAUUGGAGACGCCUCCAAAGGGUCCGAUUUUUAACAGAAAUCGCUCAUUGCAACUUUCAUCAGUUAGACGUUGUCUCUCGAAGAGCCUUGCGAAUUGACACCAGAGAUUUAUGAGGAGUACAACAUACAACCUCUGCAAAGAAAAUAUGUAAGACACGGUGAAAGCGUUUAACAUGAUUGUAAGAAUCAAUGGACGUUUGGAGUUUUGAGAGGAAAAUACACAGAUGUGGUGUCGUGCUCUGAUGGGAAGAUAAAAGUUGAUAAUAAAUGUGACAAAAGACAUUAGACAAAAUAAACUCACGUGGACACACUGAGAUACUGGUCGUCAAAUAUUUGCAUGACUGAACAUUCUUCAAUGAACCACAGGACAGAUCACAGCGCUGGAAAAUGGAGAUAUAUCCAAUAAUCAUCUGUUUGAUUUUAGGUUUAAAUGCACUUGGAUCCUCAAACGCUGCAGAGAAAACAUGCACAGUACCUGACAUACCACAUGGGACUGUUGAGUUACUCAAAGUGUACAAGAAAGAUGACACGCUAGAAUACAAAUGUGAUAGGGGAUACAAACCCAGACAGGGAACACCAAGAUGCACAGAGAAUGGCUGGAGUCUAAAGCCGGAGUGUGAAGAAAUAACCUGUGAACUCAAGGAAAUAAAAUAUGGAAUACAAGCAAUUAAACCCGAGGGAAAAACUUUCUUUCGAGCUGGAGAAACUGUGCAAAUUAUCUGCUCUGAAAGAUUCAGGAUAUUCUGGACAAAAGAAAGCACACAAACAUUUAAAUGUCAGAAUGAUGGGCAAUGGGACAACAAUCCUACUUGUGAGGAGAUUAGAUGUGUAAUUCCACGUGACAGUCGUCUUUAUUCUGCAAGUUACUAUUUCUACGGCAAUAUGAAAUUGGAUGUGACAAGAUCUUACAGGUGUUUGUCUGAAUAUCGUCAAAUGGCAGCCGAGGCCACAUGUACAAGAGAUGGUUGGAAACCAGAUCCACUGUGUGCUGACAAUACCUGUGAAGCACCAAACAUCCCAAAUGCACAGAUUGUGAGUCGUAAACGCACUAACUACGAUGUCAAUACAAGAAUACAAUACAAAUGUCAUCCAGGAUUUGAACCCGAGCGACUCAUAGAAAUCACCUGUAAUUCUGCAGGCACAUGGAUAAACAAACAGAACUGCGUUGAAAAGGAAGGUUCUUGCACAACACCAAUCUUGGAAAAUGGGUACAUAGACAGAGAUCCCUCUACAGAGGACACUAUCUUUUAUUCAUGCAACACGGGUUAUAAACCAUUAACUGGGAAAUGGUGGGGAGCAGCAACAUGCAUCAAUGGCCGUUGGUCAAAUGAGCCGAGAUGUAUCCUGGAUGAAGAGGGUUGCGUCAGUCCUCCAAAAGUUGAAAACGCAGUCAUCAUCUCUAAACCUCAAGAAUGGUAUUCAUAUGGAUCCCAUGUAAUCUACAGAUGUCAAACACAUUUCACAAUAAAGGGGAAUAGCAGAGUUUCUUGCCACAAAACAGCUUGGGACGAAGCACCAAAGUGUGAAGAGAGAUCACCAACUGUUUGUUUAAAGCCUCUUCUGACGGUAAACAAUUGCAAACUUAUUGAUGAAACACAAGAUGAGAGGAAAUAUUCUCAUGGAGACACAAUACGCUAUGAGUGUGAUGAUGGCUAUGAAUCUAUGGACGAGACCAUCGCUAAGUGUGAUGGACAAACUUGGAUUUACCCAGAAUGCAUUCGAAAAGCUCAGUGUACCAAACCGACAAAGAACUUGCAGUAUGUGACCCUGUUAGAUGAGAAAAAUCUAUUCAACAACUUUGAAACUUUGAGAUACAAGUGCAAUAAACCAUAUGACAAAAUUCCAGGAGGAACUUUGACUUGUAGAGAUGAAAAAUGGAUUGGAACGAUUGGCUGCACAAGCAGCAUUUGUCCUCCACCACCUGAAAUUGAAAAUGGAGAUUUUAUCACUAAGGAUAUGACCGGUGAGGUCAUCAUGGAGGUAACAUACUCUUGCCAAUCUUACUAUGUGCUGAAUGAACAGAGAAAACAUUACAGGUGUAGAGAUGGGAGAUGGGAAACCCCUCCAAAAUGUCUGAAGCCAUGCAAACUUACAGAUGAGAUUUAUACUGAUUACAAUAUACAACCCAUCAGAGUUAACUACGUGAAGCACAGUGAUCGAGAGAUUUCAUUUAAAUGUAAUGAGGGAUGGAAUUCUGGAGAUUGGAAAAGAUCAGAUUAUGUGAAGGGAACAUGCUCUGAUGGGAAGAUAAAUAUACAUAAAAAAUGUCAUACAGAAAAUUGGACAGGCUAAGGUGAACACUGAGACCUGAAGAUUUCUGAUGUAACCAAAGCAUGAAGAUGGACAGACACACAGAGACGAGAACACAUAAAUGCAUCUAUGUUGCUGCAAUCUACAUGUUUAUCAAACAGUUUCAUGGUUAAAAUAAUCUUAAAUAAUAUAAAAUUCUCACUUCAGAAUAAAGAUUCACAUUUAAACUGUU